AUGAGCACCAAUUUAACUCCCCCAAGCUCCCCCGCCUUGCGCUUCCCCAAGCUUGGCCGAGCUUGUCUCGAACAGGCGCAGUACAACUUCCUCACCAAUCGUUCCCACUUUCUUGCUCUGCGCCGCCAGGUCUCUACAGACGCCCUUUCGUCCGCGCGGUCUGCCAGCUACUACGAUUUUUUGCAGUCUGUCACGCCGGCCAGCAACGCCGGCCAGCUAGACUGGAUCAAUGUCCGCGCGUCAGAGCUCAGGGCGCUGAAAACUCGCCGCUCCUUUGUCCGCUGGCUCGACAAACAGUACGAGGCGCUGCACGGGGACGACUUGCUCGCCGUCUCGGACGUGCUGAGCGACGAGGACACGCCCGAACCGUCUCCAUGCACCGCUCUGCCCGCAGCCACCACCAGCACUAUGCCGCUGCCAAAACCGGGCACGGGGGUGGCUUAUGUAAUCACUGACGUCAUCACACUGAUGGCGGCGCAGACGGCCGUAGUGGCUCUGGCUGUCGCGUUGUGGUGGUGUGUGUUUGCGGACAGCACGGAUGCCGCCAAGACGAUUGCUGCCGAGCGCGCGGCUAUCCGCAAGGAGAGUGCCAAGAUUCGGACCGCUUUCCGGGAUGUUCAUCUAGACAACGCGUCGCGAAGGACGAACAUAUCGAAACUUCUUUAUUUGUAUAUUUUGGGUGAGCCUACGUAUUUUGGCCAGGUCGAGUGCCUGAAGCUGCUGGCUUCUCCCAAAUUCGUUGACAAGCGGCUUGGGUAUCUUGCGACGAUGCUUCUUCUGGACGAGAACCAAGAGGUUUUGACACUGUUGACAAAUUCGCUCGACAAUGACAUGAAGAGCUCUAACCAGUACAUUGCUGGGCUUGCGCUUGUGACUUUGGGCAAUGUUGCAUCUCCAGAGCUUGCCCGUGAUCUAUAUGCGAACGUGGACGCGCUGCUAGGCUCUCCGCAUGGGUAUUUGCGGAAGAAAGCUGCGAUUGUCGCUGCCAAGCUCGUGAACAAGGACCCGGAUCUGAGCGAGAUUUUCCUGCCGAGAGUGGCUCCCCUACUGAACGAGAAGAGCCAUGGUGUGGUUUUGGGUGCUCUGACGCUGAUGCGAGCCAUCUACAACAACGAUGAGAGCUCAAGAGAAACACUCAAAGUGCAGAUUCCGCGACUUUUGGCACAUCUGCGUAUUCUGAUUGCUACGGGCCACUCCCCCGAGUAUGACGUGAGAGGCGUGCCGGAUCCUUUUCUGUUUGUGUCGCUGCUGAGCACUUUGCGUCUGUUUUUGGCCAACGACGAGAACAACACCAAUCUCGAGCCGUUGAACGAUCUGCUGACGCAGGUAUGUUCUAGGAUUGACAGCGCAAAAGGCACGGGCUACUCUGUGCUCUAUGAGACGGUGCAGACGAUAUUUACCAUCAACUCGGACUCGUCGCUCAAAGUUCUGGGUAUCAACAUUCUGAGCAAGUUCCUGACCCAGAAGGACAACAACACACGCUACGUUGCACUCAACACGCUGCUGAACGUUAUCAACUACGAGCCGCUUGCCGUGCAGCGCCACCGUACGACGAUCGUGGGCUGUCUUCAGGACGGCGACGUCUCGAUCCGCCGCCGCGCACUCGAGCUCACGUUUGCUAUCAUGAACCAGCAGAACAUGCGUGUGCUCACGAAGGAACUGCUGGCCUUUUUGCAGAACUCGGACGACGAGCUUAAGGAGUAUAUCACAACACAACUUUGCAUUGCCUGUAACAAAUACCGGCCGGACGUCAGAUGGCACUUUGAGACGCUCAUCAGUCUGCUCAAGCUCGCGGGGAACCACUUCUCCAGAGAAAUCGUGUCUAACGUGUUGGCCCUGAUCAUGCAAAACACAGAUCUCGAGCUGACCAAGUUCCUCGUCGAGGAGCUCAUUUCCUCGAGCCAGACCCACCACAACCAGUUUGCGUUGGCACUGGUCACCACCUGGUGUGUCGGCGAGUACGCAGACAUCGUUCUUGGCGACAAAGUUACGGCAGACUCGCUUGUGACCCUGAUAGAAACAUUCCUCAACAUAUCCUCGUUUGAGCAGGCAGACGCCAUCCAGAUGAAGACCUACGCAUUGACGGCCAUUCUGAAGCUCUCUGCCAGGGCCAGCUCGCCGCAGUGCAUUGAGCGACUCAGGAAAUUGCUAGUCUCGUUCCAGUCUGACUACAAUCUAGAGAUUCAAACCAGGGCUAUAGAGUACGCCGAGAUAUUCGGCCAACCAGCAUCAAUCAGGAAAGCAUUGCUGGAGAGAAUGCCAGCGCCACCAGUCAAGCUGCACGAGGGCAUCCCUCUAGUCAACAGAAGCACCACAAAAUCGACCAAGUCAGCCUCGUCCCAAUCUGCCACCACCGGAGACCUGCUGCUGGACCUUCUGGGAGAUGAUGAGACGAAAAAGGAGCGCGAGGCCGCGCCGGCGCCGGCCAAGCCCCAGGAGUCGACGCUGGACCUGCUGUCGGACAUCUUUGGCAGCUCCGCCUCGCAGAAACGGCCGCAGGAGCCACCACAGGAGACCGUCAUUCCGGCAUUCGCGGACGAACACCUGUCGUUUGAGAUCAUCGUGAAGGAGAUCGGCAGCGGCAGAGCGAGCCUCGAAGGUCGCGUGCGUAAUCUCGACAACUCAGUGGUCUCCAACAUCUCUGUGCUCUGUGCAGUGACUAAGCAGCAGAAGUUGCAACUUUCGCCCAUUGGCAGCAACACCCUUGCACCAGGAGCUAGCUCGUCGCUGGGGAUCCGUGUGACGGGACAGCCAGGUGCGAAGGUGAAGGUGCGGGUGAAGCUGGAGUACAACGCUGGCUCGCAGGCAGUUUUCUUUACAAUUUCUUUAAUCAACAGAUUCAUCAUGGAUUUCAACAAGCUGCAAGCCCAAGUGCAAAACGCGUUUUCUGCAAUUGACUCUCAAACGCAGAACUCCCAGCUGCUGACCCGUUUCGAACAGCAAUUCAAGCUUCCUCGCUCCUACAUUGUUCUGGGUGGCGUUGGAUUCUACUUGCUGCUGGUGUUUCUGAAUUUUGGCGGAAUCGGCCAAUUACUUUCCAACUUUGCCGGAUUCGCGUAUCCUGGCUACUUGUCUCUGAGGGCACUCAAGACCUCCACCUCCAAGGAUGACACCAGAUUGCUGACGUACUGGGUUGUGUUUGCUGCUCUGAACGUUGUGGAGUUUUGGUCCAAGGCUAUUCUGUACUGGGUGCCAUCUUACUUCCUGAUCAAGACGUUCUUCCUGCUGUACUUGUCACUUCCUCAUUACAACGGUGCAGAGGUUAUUUACCACAAGGUUCUCGCUCCUUUGACCGACCGCUAUGUCGACGGGGGUGCUCCUGCAAACGACCUUCUGAACAAGGUCCAGGAGAAGACUCAGUAAGACUGCAAAGGGUAUGCAAGAGCAGAAGACAAUUUUCUCGAGGUGUCUUCGGGACGCCUACCCGAUGGGGCUGGGCCGGCCCGGUUUUCUAAGAGAGUUCUUUUAUUUAGUUGUUAAAUGUCUCAUUCUCCGUUUUCC